AUGAGCAGCGACGCCGUGACGAGCCCAAGCAGCACGGGCGGUACCUCUGGCGCCAGCACCAUGAGCGACCUGGACAGACAGAUCGAGCAGUUGAAGCGCUGCGAGUACCUCAAGGAGUCGGAGGUCAAGGCGCUGUGCCAGAAGGCCCGCGAGAUUCUCGUGGACGAGAGCAACGUCCAGCGCAUCGAUGCGCCCGUGACGAUCUGCGGUGAUAUCCACGGCCAAUUCUACGACUUGAAGGAGCUGUUCAACGUCGGCGGCGAGUGCCCCGAAACCAACUACCUCUUCAUGGGCGACUUUGUCGACCGAGGCUUCUACAGUGUCGAAACCUUCCUCCUCUUGCUCGCCUUGAAGGUGCGGUACCCGGACCGUAUUACGCUCAUCCGCGGCAACCACGAAAGCCGUCAGAUCACGCAAGUGUACGGCUUCUACGACGAGUGCCUGCGCAAAUACGGCUCCGUGAACGUGUGGCGAUACUGCACGGAGAUCUUCGACUACCUCAGUUUGUCGGCCAUCAUCGAAGACAAGAUCUUCUGCGUCCACGGCGGUCUCUCGCCGUCAAUCAACACGCUCGACCAGAUCCGUAUUAUUGACCGGAAGCAAGAAGUGCCGCACGACGGCGCCAUGUGCGACCUCAUGUGGUCGGACCCGGAAGACAUUGACGGCUGGGGCUUGAGCCCGCGUGGCGCUGGCUACCUCUUUGGCGGCGACGUGGUCGACAAGUUCAACCAAACCAACGACAUCCAGCUCAUUUGUCGGGCACAUCAGCUCGUCAUGGAAGGCCACAAGUCGAUGUUCAACAACGCGCUCGUGACCGUCUGGUCGGCGCCCAACUACUGCUACCGAUGCGGCAACGUCGCGGCGAUCCUCGAGCUCGACGAGAACCUCGAGCAAAAGUUCAAGAUUUUCGAAGCCGCGCCCCAAGACGCCCGCGGCGUCCCCUCGAAGAAGCCCGCGCCCGACUAUUUCUUGUAA